AAAAAUAACAUACUUUCAUUGUGAGAAAGAAUCACAAUUUCCACCAUGAAAAUACCUCAGCUUUUGUGCACCUUCUUAUUUUUUCUUCUUUUUAUUUCCUCAAUCUCCAUAGCGAAAAAGUCUCUUAGGCAUUACCCUCUUCUUCUUCCGGUGUUCAAAGAUGAAAUUACAGGACAAUAUCUUACUCAAAUUUACCAAAGAACUCCUCUUGUCCCUGUCAAAGUGACUGUUGACCUCGGCGGACGAUUUCUAUGGGUGGAUUGUGAAAAUGACUACAUUAGUUCAUCUUACAAAAAUGUUCCUUGUGGUUCAACACCAUGCAAACUCUCAGGUUCACAAGGGUGUUAUGGAUCUAGUCGCCCUAUUCCUCCUAGGCCAGGGUGCAACAAUCACACAUGUUCACACAUUCCAUAUAACCCUAUAAAUAGCACUAGCACUGAUGGUGAACUUGCUCAAGAUAUUAUGGCUUUAUGGUCCACUAAUUAUAAUGACUCCAAAAUUGGUCAUCUUUUAUCAUCAGCUAGUGGGGUGAUGUUUAGUUGUUGUGAAGAUUUUUUGUUACAAGAAUUAGCCUAUGGAGUUAAGGGUAUGGCUGGACUUGGAAAUGGUUACACUGGGCUUCCUUCACAAUUAGCUAGAGCUUUUCGAUUACCUCGAAAAUUCGCUAUUUGUUUGAGUGCUAAUACUAAAUCAAAUGGUGUUAUUUUGUUUGGUGAAGGACGAUCUGUUUAUGCCUCUAAUGAUGCACUAACUUACACUCCUCUACUUAAAAAUCAUGUUAGUACUGCAGGGGCUUAUUAUCCAGGUGAACCAUCGGUUGAAUAUUUCAUUGGAGUGAAGAAAAUCUUAGUCAAUGGAAAAAUUGUACCAAUUAAUAGUAAGUUACUAGCUAUUAACAAGACUAAUGGAGUUGGAGGAACAAAGAUUAGCACUGUUGUUCCUUACGGUACAAUGGAGACAUCGAUUUACAAGGCGUUUAAGCAAGAGUUUCUUAAAGCUAUUGAUAAAGUUCCAAUAGCAGAACCUAUUAGGCCAUUUGAGUUGUGCUUUAACUUGUUGAAUUUGGGUACUCUAACUGGCUUAAUAAUUCCUCAAGUCAGUCUUGUUUUGCAAGAUGAUCAAAAUAAUACCACUUGGGAUCUUUCUGUGGACAAUUUUAUGGCUUCUCCUGUUGAUAGUAGUGACUUGUUGUGUCUAGGAUUUUUGGAUGGUGGUAAAUUUCCUCGAACAUCUAUUGUUCUUGGAGGAUUACAAAUUGAAGAGAACCUGUUGGAAUUUGAUCUUGUGAAGAAAAGAGUGGGAUUUAAGUCUUUGUACCAAUCAUCCCUACUCAAGUGCAGCAACAAAUUCAGUUUUACAUCCAAGGCUUGAGAGGUGUCAUCUCCUUAGCUAAAUUUGAUGUUACAUGAUAUAAAUAUCAGUUAAAGACUUUAAGAGUUCUAAAAGUA